AUGGCGAUACAACAAACAAUUACAAUGGUUACAUUGGGACGACCAUUUCAUUUAGGUAUGCUCUAUGAUGUUCGCAGUGAUAAGUUAAUCACUGGCGUAACUCUGUGGGAUCCACAGACCCUGGCGAACCAUACAAUUACACAUAAACAAUCGAAUACUAGCUGUGAGAUAAUUACUGAAAAUUCAUUACAAGAUAAGGCACAUGCUUUAGGUGUGGAAGCUAGUUUAAAAUUAAGACUGUUUAGUGGUCUAAUGAGUAUAUCAGGUUCUGCAAAAUAUGCUGAGGAUUAUCAAAAAACAAACGAUGAAGCCCGUCUGACACUAAAAUAUUCAACUACAACGCAUUUUCAACAGUUAACAAUGGAACAUCUUGGUAAAGGUAAUCUAGAUCAUCUAGAUUUACAUGAUAAAAACCUUGCUACACAUGUUGUUACUGGUGUCGUUUAUGGUGCUGAAGCAUUUUUUGUAUUUGAUCGUACAGUACUAAAAGGUGAAACUAAAGAGGAAGUUAGCGAUAGAUUACAAGAAAUAUUUGAGAAUUCAAUAUUUAAAAUGGAGGGAGACGCUAAAUUAAAUUUGACCAAGCAAGAAAAGAAUUUCGUCGAUAAGUUACAUUGUGAAUAUUAUGGAGAUUUCCGUUUGAACAAAUAUCCAAAUAGCUUUAAUGAAGCUGUUACAGUUUAUCGCCAAUUACCGUCAAUGUUAGGUAAAAACAAUAAAAACACCAUACCAAAAGCAGUGUGGCUCUAUCCAUUACAUCUUUUGGAUUAUAAUGUAACGAGAAUUGUUCGAGAAAUCUCACCCAAGUUGGUUCAUGACUCAAUAUCGACGAUUGAAAAUAUGCGUUCUUUGAAAGUGAGAGGAUUAGAUUUAUCAAAUAGCUCGAUAUUUACAAGUCUCAAUCAUAUGAAAGAACAAUUAUUAGAUUUUACCGCGCGAUUGUCGGAAAUACAAUAUGAUUUGAAAGAAAAGAUUGCAUUAUAUCUACCAAAACUACGCGAAAACACUGGUGUUGAAGAAUCUGUUUUAUUUAAUGUGUUUAAACAAGCUGAUUCAUCGCCAUUUAAUCAGCGAAAAUUAGAAUCAUGGCUCAAAGAAAAGGAAAAAGAAAUCGCGUUAAUGACAACAUGGAUCAAAACUCUUACCAAAGAUAGAAGCUUACAUAUUCUAAUUAAAUCAUCAUCAUUAGAUGAAGUCAUUGAUGACAGUAGAUACGAUUAUAUUUUCUGUCUAUCAUUUCGUUUCAUUGAAGAAAAUGAUCCUCAACUUACUGAUAUGCAGAAUUAUUUACAUAAUAAGAACAGUUUUAACUCAUCGACUAGUGGUAAAAAGCACACCAGAUGGUUUGGAAAUCGUCAUAAUAUGACAAAAUUUCACGAAAAUGUACAACAAUUUCAAGAGUUUGCUGAAGCAAACAAUGCUGGAAAUGCAAGCAUAAAAUUUAUCGUCAAUGAAGAAUAUUCAGUUAAUGAUACUAAAACUAUUGAGCUUAUUCUCUACGAACGUGGCUCAGGAAAAAAAGACUUUAUUAUAUCAAGUAAACCAGGUGCACCAUAUGCAAUAUCUGUUACAGACAAUAAUGUAACAUUAUCAUGGGCAGAUGCAGCUAGUGGAACCGAAGAAGUACAGAAUUACAAAGUUAUGUAUCAGAAACAUCGUGGUAAAACAUUAGUUGCUAAAAAUCAAAGCGAGGAAGAAGAGCAAUGGGCUGAAGAGUACACAAAUACUAGUCACAAGAAGAUAAUCAUUUUAAAUCUACCACCAAGCACAACAUUUGUAUUCAAAGUGCAAUCUAUAACUGCAAUUGGACUUAGUGCAAUCAGUGCAUGUAGCAAACCCAUACAAACACUAGCAAAGGAAGUUGUACCGACUUGUACGGAUGGUGUCAAGAACCAAGACGAAACAGACGUCGAUUGUGGUGGUUCAAUUUGUUCGAAAAAGUGCGAUCUGUGUAAAGUUUGCUCUAAACACACGGACUGUGAUAUUGCAAAUUGCAAUUCAAGAUCAAAUACAUGUCAAGGUAAGUAA